GCGUCCCUGCCAGGCCCCGCGGGCGCGGUCGUCAUGACGGCGGCUGUGUUUUUAGGCUGCGCCUGCAUUGCUUUCGGACCUGCGCUCGCUCUCUACAUCUUCACCAUCGCCACGGAGCCGUUGCGCAUCAUCUUCCUCAUCGUCGGAGCUUUCUUCUGGUUGCUAUCUCUACUGCUUUCCUCCCUUGUCUGGUUCGUGGCAAGAAGCAUUGCUGGCGACAAUGAUGGACCAGUACAGAAAUAUCUGCUGAUCUUUGGAGUGUUAGUCUCAGUCCUUAUCCAAGAAAUGUUUCGCUUUGCAUAUUAUAGACUUUUAAAAAAAGCCAAUGAGGGUUUGAAGAUUAUGAACCCAGAUGAGGAAGCACCUUCUAUGCGACUGCUGGCCUAUGUUUCUGGCCUGGGCUUUGGAAUCAUGAGUGGAGUAUUUUCCUUUGUGAAUACCCUGUCUGACUCCUUGGGGCCAGGCACAGUGGGCAUUCAUGGAGACUCUCCCCAUUUCUUCCUAAAUUCAGCUUUCAUGACGCUGGUGAUCAUACUGCUGCAUGUGUUCUGGGGCAUUGUAUUUUUUGAUGGCUGUGAGAGGAACAACCGGUACGCCCUUCUUGUGGUUCUCCUGACCCAUCUGCUGGUGUCAGCCCUGACCUUCAUUAGUCCUCAUUAUGGAAUAAGUCUACUGUCAGCAUAUACGAUCAUGGUGUUCAUGGGCGUCUGGGCAUUUUUUGUUGCUGGAGGCAGCUGCCGAAGCCUGAAACUAUGCCUGCUGUGUCAAGACAAGGACUUCCUCCUUUUCAACCAGCACUCCAGAUAACCUCCAAGAAACAGCACCUCUCAAACAAUUCUCAGGACUCACGUCUGCCGGAGGAGAGAGAACGCAGCAGCACAUUUCCAAGGAAUAGCCGGAUUAUUGAUAACAUCUGUGGAGUAUAAACCAUAACGGCCCCACUGGCAGUAGGCUGGGCUUGGGCUUAAUAGUCCGUCCUUACACUGACAGCCCCUGAGACUCCCAGUGCUCACGUGUCUUCAUUCUCCCUACAGUCCAGUCAGUGCAUCUGCUCCAAGGGACAGGACUCGGAAGACGCCUCUGCUGUCUUUCAGGACUGUCUCUUGUUUUCUUUUUGUCUCAGACCCCUUGACCCUUCCUGUAUCAAUGCUUCCCGCUCCCCACCCCCACCUCCCCAAGCUGCAAAGUCAGACUAAAGGCUUUGUCACAGUAGAAGGAAAUCGGAAGAAGAUACCACCACCUUCCCUGAGAAACAGACUUGAGUCUCCAAAGCAAAACCGAAGCAGAGGGUGCACAUUCAGGUUUGAAAGCUUGGAUAAGGAGCAGAAUUUCCAGGACAUUUGAAAACACACUUGAGUGAACCCCUGGAUAAAAGUGUUUUUCAAUAAUAGCAGCCCUCACCAGGCAACGUGGCUGUGUCCCCAGAAUCAAGACCUCUUACAGGUCUUACAAAUGAAGCAGACAGCUCAGUUCCCGCCUCUUUGGCCACCUCUUCCCAUCCAUGAUGGCACUGGGAGUGGCCAUAGCGUCCGGACGGUGGGGCACCCACCUAGAGGCUCCGGCGGCCUAGGGUGUUUGUGGGGUAAGCUCUGUAGAACUCUCGGGUAUUGUAAGUGUCCAGGGAGUCACAGUGUGUAGCACCCAAAGCAGAGUCCUUCCUUGGAUGAGCCUGGAGUGCCGAGGCCUCAGGCGUGGGCCUCCGUCUCCUUCUUGAAGGCUGGCUUGUAAAUGACUCCUUUGUUGUCGCCACCUUUUUUGCUAUUGGAACAAGAAGAACACACGAGUCUUAUUAGUCAAAGGGGAGGGAGGCAGAGUGCGGCCUGACAGCCAGGAACGAG